UUGUUGUGCUCCUGGGUGGGUGAGCGCUUUUUUUCGGGUGUUGGCUGCUGGCAUGGCGAGCCCAGCCCCGCGAACCUGCGAUAUAAACCCCGGUCUGCUUCCCCCCCCCGGUUGGCCUGCAAGUCCGUCUUGCUCUCGUCUCUGGUGUGCAUCGACCAUCAGCGCUCUUGUCUGCCGCGCAUACCCCCGUCCAGCAGUCUUUGUCUUCAACUUUGUCUCCAACUUCCAUAUCCCGCUGCUCUCGCGCAUCUCGUCGCUCGCUCCAUCUUACAACUGCACCGCUGCCCAAGCUUCUCCAGCCGCCAUGUCGUCGACCCACUACUCUGCCUAUCUCAGCUACCUGAACUCUGUCAAGUCCACAGGCACCAGCCCAUCAAACUCCCCGCCGCCUUCUCCCACCAGCCGCAGCAGCAUCUCCAAGGCAAUCGAGCAGGCCGCCUGGGAACAGUACCUUCGCGAGCUCGCGGCCGAGGAGGACGACCUGGUCACCAAGCAGCCUCUCAGCCCCGAUACGCCGUGCUCUGCCCAGUCUCCUCCCUCCAGUGCCCUGCCUUCGGCAAGCUCGAGCGCCCUGUACUCUGCCAGCGUCCCCCGUGAUGAAUCUUGCCUGAGUGCAGAAUUCGACUUCAUCUACUCGCUGCUGGGCCAAAGCAACAACCCGGCGCGCUCCGUCGCCUCGUCCGCUGCCUCUGUUGUCAGCAGUGCUUGCUCGGCUACCACCACCUCGGCUCCUUCCAGCAUCAUCGGCCUGCCCGAGGAAAGCAGCGUCUUCGGCACAUCAUCCUCAAGCCGCUGCUCAACCCCCUCCACUGCUACCCCGUCGCAGGCGCCCCAGAUCUCGGCUGCCCCCAUCUGGUCUCCCGAAACCAUCCGCCCAUUCACACCCGAGACAAGCCUCCUCCAGCACCACGAGCCUGUGAUCCCGUCAAAGUCGUCGCCUGUCGCCGAAAAGUUCUCCACCUUCCUUCGCAACUUCCAGGAGACCCUCCACCUUGGCCAAGAAGACGGCGAGGUCAUCGACAUUAGCGGCGAGUACGCCGCCCGCGGCCCUCUGGAAGUCCGCUCGGAUACCUCCAGCCACUUCCGCUCGCGAUUCUGUCUCCUGCGGGGCUCGACCCUGUACAUCCUCAAGUCUGAGAGCGACCCGGUCCUGAUCGAUGUCAUUCCCGUGAUCUCGAUUCUGGAGCUGCUGCCUCUGCAGGGCAAGAAGGAUGCCUUUGUGGCCAAGCUCGGCAAGCGCCAGUGGGAGCUCAUUGCCCCGAACAACAGCUCGUUCAUGCACUGGGUCAGCGUCCUCAUCAAGCAAGUGACGGGCCCCAAGAGCGGCAACCGUCCUGUCAUGGUCAGCCGUUUGCGAACCAGCUCGCUGAACAACAAUAUGCCUGGGCCUCGCGAAGUCCGUCUGUGAUUGUGAUUUUCCCCUCCCGGCUCCCCUGCCGUUUGUACUCUUUAUUCUCAUGCACAUUUGCACGCUGGCCAUCGUCUCUGGCCAGUACAACACUUUACCCCCCCCCUCACGUACUGCCAUGGCACGAACCCAAUCUGCUCUGCACUGCGUUGCGUUCCUCCUGUUCAAUCUCGUUCUUGUUGUCGUCGUCAAACUCUGCUUUUCCUUCGUGUUCAUGCUUGCACUUCUUAUCGCUGGCACUGCUGAACGGCAGUCGUCCCGCGCUUGCGUCCCUCAUCUGCUCUGCCAUGAUCGUCAUUUGUAUUUUGCUCUUGUUGCUCUCUAUUCGCUCUUGUUGCUCUCUAUUCGCUCU